AAUGGGGAGAAGAACUCUGACACCGAAGCAGUGGACAGCAUGCAGACUUUGUUAAAGUGCUGCGGUGUCAAGAAUUACACCGACUGGACCAACACCACCUAUUUUUCUACAAACAAAACGCUGCCUUUGUCCUGCUGUAAGAACUCCUCAUCGCCACAGUGCAAUGGCAAACUGGAAGAAAAGGACCAGUUUAACACUGAGGGUUGUGAGCCCAAGCUGGAGAAGUUCAUACAGGAUGUUCUGACCUACGCCAUGCUGGUCGUUGUUGCUUUUGCCAUCAUCAAGUUUUUUGGGAUGGUGAGCGUGUGUGCGAUAACCUGUAAAAGCCGAAGGAAUGGUUACGAACCCCUCUACGCUUGAAACAGUUCCCGCAACCUCCCACUGUACCUCCUCCUCAUUUAGCUCCACUGGGAUGUCUGAGUGCUUGCUCUACAUUGCACAGAAGCAUCUGUUCGUUGUGC